AUUGCAGACCAUGGCGGAAUGUAGUGGAAUUGACAGCAACCCAAGUAGUCACACCAUGGAUAAAAGCAUUACUCUUCCGCCCGACGAAAUAUUCCGCAAUUUGGAAAACGCAAAGCGCUUCGCAAUAGACAUAGGUGGAUCUCUGACCAAGCUAGCCUACUACUCAACUGUCCAACACAAAGUGGCCAAAGUGCGAUCUUUCGACCACACUGCAAAGGAGGCUGCCAGUGACAAGCUGUAUGAAAUUUCAGUGCAGGAGGAAGUCACUGCACGCCUGCAUUUCAUCAAGUUUGAAAAUGCUUACAUUGAAACGUGCUUGGACUUCAUCAAAGACCAUCUGGUCAACACUGAAACCAAAGUUAUCAAAGCCACAGGCGGAGGGGCACACAAGUUCAAAGAACUAAUCGAGAGGAAACUGGGUCUCAAAGUGGACAAAGAGGAUGAGAUGACUUGCCUCAUUAAGGGCUGUAAUUUUGUGCUGAAGAACAUACCCCAUGAGGCUUUCGUGUAUGCCAAGCAUGCUGACUCAGAGUUCCGUUUUCAGACGACUAAUCCAGACAUCUUCCCUUACCUGCUUGUAAACAUUGGCUCUGGGGUGUCCAUAGUUAAGGUUGAAGCAGAAGACAAAUUUGAGCGAAUAGGAGGAAGUUCAAUAGGUGGAGGGACGUUCUGGGGCCUUGGAGCCUUGCUCACCAAAACAAAGAGAUUUGAUGAGUUGCUACAGUUGGCCUCAAAAGGGCAGCAUACAAAUGUCGAUAUGCUUGUUAAAGAUAUCUACGGAGGAUCAUAUGGAUGUUUGGGCUUGACUGGAGAUCUUAUUGCUAGCAGUUUUGGGAAAUCUGCUACUGCUGACAAAGAGUUUUCUAAAGAAGACAUGGCCAAGAGCUUACUACAUAUGAUCAGCAACGACAUCGGACAGCUGGCCUGUCUGUAUGCCAAGCUUCACAACCUGUCAAGAGUGUACUUUGGAGGCUUCUUCAUUAGAGGACAUCCUGUUACCAUGCACACAAUCACAUACAGCAUCAACUUCUUCACCAAGGGUGAAGUUCAGGCCUUGUUCCUGAGACAUGAAGGCUAUCUUGGAGCCAUUGGAGCAUUUCUUAAAGGAGCAGAGGAAGACAAUCCAAACCAGUACAGUUGGGGUGAGAAUUAUGCAGGAAGCUCAGGCCUGAUGAGCGUUUCUCCAGAUAUGAAUCCCAUGCAACGUGCUCGUAGUGGAACGUUUGACAUGCUGGAGAUGGACCGUCUGGAGAGGCAGCUGGUGAAUCUGCCUCUGCUGCAAGACCCUUCCUCUUACAUUCCUGACACUGUGGACCUCACAGAGGAUGCUCUGGCUCGUGAAUACUGGCUCUACUGUUUCGAAGAGGCCCUAGACGGGGUGGUUAAGAGAGCUGUAGCGAGCCAACCUGACAUGCUGGAGGCAGCUUUGCGAGCUGAGAAGUUUCGUCAGAAAUAUAGACACAAGCUUCAGACCCUCCGCCAUCAGCCAUUUGCUUAUGGAUCCCUCACUGUCAGAAGUCUCUUAGACACGAGGGAACACUGUUUAAACGAGUUCAACUUUCCUGAUCCCUACUCUAAGAUUAAACAAAGGGAGAAUGAUGUUGCUCUCAAGUACUACCAGAAGGCAGUGAAGUCCUUGGAGGAGUUGAGCUGGGAGGAGAGACAGUUUGCUCUGGUCAGGGGUGUCCUGGCGGGGAAUGUCUUUGACUGGGGAGCCAAAGCUGUGUCAGAUGUCCUGGAAUCUGACCCCGAGUUUGGGUUUGAGGAAGCUAAACGACAGCUGGAAGACUGUGUUGUUUUCCUCUCAGAGCGGCCAUGGCUUGUUGAUUCCUAUAACCAGUGGCUUGAGAGAAUGAAGGGUCCUCCUCAUAAGUGUGCCUUGUUUUUCGUAGAUAAUAGUGGAGUUGACAUCAUUCUAGGGGUGAUGCCUUUUGUCAGAGAGCUUCUCUCUCGAGGAACAGAGGUUGUGUUGGCCAGCAACUCUGGUCCAGCGUUGAAUGAUGUAACAAAUGGGGAACUGCAAAUACUAACCGAAAGAAUUGCUGCUAUGGAUCCUGUGAUUCAGGCUGGUCUAAGGGAUGACAGGCUGAUGUUGGUCCAAAGCGGUUCCAGUUCUCCCUGUCUGGAUCUGAGUCGCCUGGACAAGGUGCUGGCGAUGGUGGUGCGGGAGCGGCAGACCGACCUGGUGAUCAUCGAGGGAAUGGGCCGAGCCAUACACACCAACUACUACGCCAUGCUUAGCUGUGAGAGCCUCAAGAUGGCUGUCAUCAAAAACUCAUGGCUGGCUGACCGCCUGGGAGGAAAGCUCUUCAGCGUGGUUUUCAAGUACGAGGUACCUGCUGGAAAACCCAGUCAGGACUGUGAAACGUCGACACCCUCAUGAGGGCGACAAAACUCACAUUUGAGUGAGACAGAACACCGAAGUUGAGCAACCAGGUGGGUUUAGUUGGAGGUCCGAAUGUAAAACGACGAUCGUAUAACUGCCACUGAUCGAUUGAAUGAUUGUAACUUUGACUGUUGAAGUUUAGCUGGGUUUUUAAGGGUGAUCAUUAAUAGGGAGAUUUCACAUCUUGUUUUAAAACUAUGUUGAUUUCACUGUCAGUUUCAUGAACAAGCUUUUAAGAAAGUCUUUGUCCAAUCUCCGGUUCAAUCACUUACUUUGCCACAAUCAUUACUGCCAACUGAUGAUCUCAUUGACCACGCUGGGUAUGUUUUCAUGUUAAGUGAAGUCAUUGCUGGCUGCGUUCAGUAAAUUUUAACAGAUGCGAUCUUCAGCUUGUAGAAAAACAAAUCAGAAACUAAGCUUUUAUUUUAAAAGCGUGCUUCAGUUGUUGACACACUGCCAACACGACUGUGCACACAUAUGGGAAAAAAAGACUGGCUGGUGUGUGUUUGUGUGUGGGAGAGAAAAAGAGUCGCAGGAGUAAUUACAGCUUACAGCGAUAAGACUUUUUACAUUCAGUAAAGGGUAUUUAAUGUGCCUUAAGGCUGAUGAUAUGAUGACAAGCAUCAUUCACUCAUUGCUCUUAAUUCCUGUUGAACACUACACUUCUACACAGAUAUCUGCUUUCUAGCUUUCUCUCAUGUCACAGACUUGAAAAAUUCCAUAGAUUUUUCCAUAGUUUUUUCAUUACUACCAGAGAAUGUAUUGAGAUUAAGAAAUGAAUCAUUGUGUUCGUCACUUGUGUAGCUGUUGAAGCAGAAUCAGGGAAGAUGUUUCAUCAGUGGGAGAAGCAGCACUUUAUCACCGUGAUUAAAGAAAUCGCGUCGUGUUCAUCCACAAGGUGGCAGUGUUCUACUGUGAUGCAGAUUUUUAAUAGUAUACUCAAAUCUUUCCCAAGGUGCUUGGUGUCAAAAUUAACACUGCAUAUAUCAGGAUAAAUAUUCUAUUAGCAUCACAUGGAGCUACAAUGUCCCGAGCUGGCCAUGGCAUGAGUCCAUGUAUUCACUGUAGUUAACGGGCAUGUACAAAUACACACUGUAAUCCAUAACUAAGUCAGAAAUGCAAUUGUUUGAAGGCAAUAUUACUGCAGCACCUAGUUGUAACAAACAUCAAAUGCUGUGUGAUUGUGAAGUGGCUGACUGUACUGGUAGCUUCAUCAUAAAUAUCUGAAUUCAAGGCAGAGUCAGAUUUGUAAAGCCUUGAUGUGACAGUAUCUCCCAAAGUUACGGUUGCUUCACUUGGGGACUCACUGCAAUAUUGUAUUUUUCAUUUGUACAUAUAUGUGAUGUGUAUAUAUCAGGCAUAACAUUAUGACCACCGGCCUAAUACUGUGUUGGUUCACUUUAUGCUGCUAAAACUCCUCUGACCCAGUGGGCCAUGGACACAGGAUGGUGGCAGUGAAUUCUGUACGUCCUGUAGGUUGCAGGGUGGGACCUAUCUAGAUCAAUCUUAUCCUGGUACAUCCCACAGAUGCUCAGUGAGAUUUAAAUUUCGGGAGUGUGGAACUCGGGUGAACACCUUAUCUCUGUCGUGUUCUCCAGGCCACUGGUGAGCAAUUGUCCUGCUGAGGGUGGCAACUGGCAUCAAGGACUGCUGUUGCCAUAGGGGGGAUUGCUUGACCUGCAAUUUUUAGGUGGGUGGUACAUGUCAAACAUCAACAUGAUCAUCUUGUUAUAAUACUAUGUUCUGCUGGGAAACCUUGAAUCCUGACAUUCAUACAUUCAUGUGGACAACACAGCUAAGCUGUUCACCUGGGUUCCACACCCCCCAAAUACAUUUUUUUUUUUUUUUUUUUAAAUUAAAUAUUUUUUUAUUUUUUGUUUUUUUUUUGGUCUAUUGCUGACUUUGACGGGUUAGUAGAGAAUUAGACAGGAAAGUAAGGAGAAGAAUGGGAGGAAGACCUGCAGCAAAGGGCCGUGAGCUGGAAUUAAACCCAGGCUGCUGCAUCAGGGAUGAUAGCCCCUGUUUAUGGGGCGCUCUGUGUGAAAUCUCAGGAUAAACCUGAUCAACCCACAGGACCCACAGGAUUCAGUGCCACAGGACAUUCCCAGAGGUUCUGUGUCCAUGGCCCACUGGGUCAGAGGAGUUUUAGCAGAAUAAAGGAGACCAACACAAUAUUAGGCAGGUGGUCAUACUGUUGUGCCUGAUGGGUGUGUGUGUGUGUGUGUGUGUGUGUGUGUGUGUGUGUGUGUGUGUGUGUGUGUGUGUGUGUGUGUAUACACACACACACACACACACACACACAAUUCUAUUACAUCUCUACAGUUCUACAGUUGAACCAAGCACAAUUUUGUGUAUUAUUCUCCUGACAAUCAAUUUGAAUUAAACGGUGAAAACCUUUA